AUGGAUGCCCGUGCCCCAACCUCGCCAUAUGGCCACCUUCAUAGCCAAGCCAGGAAAGUCAUUUUUAAUGUUAAUAGGUACUUCUUGGAAGAAAAAGCCAACGGAGCUCCUAUACUCCCACCUUCACAUGCACUUACAAGAACUGCUAUGGCCACCAAAACCAGCGAAAGAACUGUACGAAGGAUUUGUUCUGCACACAAUCAAAUGUUGAACACGGAAGCUGAACCAGACACACCAACCUUCCGCUCACCAAAGAAGAAACAUCGUGCUGCACCUGUUACUGACUUUGAUGACUUUGAUAAGCGCUUAUUAAGAAGAACUGUACUGGCGUUUUAUGAGAGGAAGGAAAUUCCAACUAUUUACAAGAUAAAAGAAGAACUCCGUGAACAAAUCGGCUACAGUGGCUGCGAAAAUUCCCUUCGCAAGGUUCUCCUGAAAAUAGGAUUCAAAUUUGCGGAGGUUGAUGGCCGCAAAUUCCUGAUGGAGAGAAAUGAUGUCCUUGCAGCUCGCACUAAGUUUUUAAGGGAAAUGCGGCAGCUUAAACAGUCAGACCACACUUUUGUUUACCUCGAUGAAACUUGGGUUAACCAAAACUGCACAGUUGGGAAGUGUUGGACUGAUACUUCAUCAAAAGAAGCAACAGGAGUCAAACCGCCGACUGAAAAAGGAGCACGACUUAUUAUUCUUCAUGCUGGAACAAAACACGGUUUUAUCAACAAUGGUGAGCUGUUUUUCCAAGCAAAAAAUGAUGGUGAUUACCAUAAUCAAAUGAAUUCAACAGUUUUUGAAGAAUGGUUUCGCAUGCAGCUACUACCGAACAUUCCACCAAACUCUGUCAUUGUGAUGGAUAAUGCAUCGUACCACAGCAGACAAGUAGAAAAAUUGCCAACAUCAUCAUGGAGAAAAGCAGACAUCAAGAACUGGCUCAAGUUAAAAGGAAUUACAGUCAGUGAUGAUUUGUCAAAAGCAGAGUUAUAUGAACUGGCAAAAAAUUCCCGUGUGGCAAAGAAGAGGUAUGUUGUAGAUGAAGUUGCUACAGAGGCAGGACACAUCGUCGUGAGGUUGCCGCCCUACCACUGUCAAUAUAACCCCAUAGAGUUGGUUUGGGCCCAGGUGAAGUCAUACAUAGCCAAAAGGAACAAUUUCAAAAUGGCUGACCUCAAACCCCUGGUGAAAGAAGCUAUGCGUGCCGUCACACCAGAGAACUGGAAGCAAGCAGUGAAGCACGCCGAACAACUCCAAGAACAUGACACAAAUCAAGACCGAGCAGUUGAAAUAAAUGGUUCGGAACUACAAAAGAAAGACUGAACGUGGGUCAGCAACACCCCAACUAAUGCAGGAGGCUGCUGAUUUUGUUCGAAAUAAGAAUAUAUCAGUGAGAGAGUCCGCACAACUGUUUGGUGUCCACUACUCAACCUUACAACGAUUUAUUCACAAAACCUCUGGCAACACUGCUAAAAACAAUACACAUGUAGGAUAUGCCAAACCAAGACAAGUAUUUACAUGUGAGCAGGAAGAAGAAUUAGUAUCCUAUCUGAAAACAGCAGCAGGAAUUUAUUUUGGUCUUUCUCCGAGAGAAGUCAAGGAACUGGCUUUCAAAUGCGCCAAUGAAGCAAAGAUAGAAAUGCCUGAUAAUUGGCGCAAUGAUAAAUAUGCUGGAAAAGACUGGUUUUCAGGUUUCAUGAAGCGACAUGGACAAGAACUCUCAAUUAGACCCCAUCCUUCCUCUUCUACAGCCAGUGAACCCCUUCCUUCCACUUCAACUGCAGUAGGACCACAACCAGCAGUAGCUUCUUUCAUUACUGAUCAAGUUGAAACUGCAAAUGUUGGUGAGUCUUCCCUUUGCCCAGAAAAAAUCAUGCCACAUCCAAAAGCAACACCUUGGAAAAAGAAAUGUAAUACAGGCAGAAAAGCACGUAAAUGUGCCAUAUUAACAGACAUACCUGAAAGAAAUGCUCUGUUUGCUGAAGCCAUUAAGAAAAAAAACAAAAAGAAUGAUGUCAAAGAAAAGAAAGCCACCAAGAAAAGGAAGCAGGAGUUUUUACACAAAGUUCGAUCCAAAAAACCUGUUGAAAAGUACGACAUAUCCAGCUCAGACGACGAAGACUGGUAUUGUCUGAUUUGUGUAGAACCAUAUUCCAAUAGCAGGCCCCGGGAGAAAUGGAUUCAAUGUAGUACAUGCAGAGGAUGGUCUCAUGAGGAAUGUUUGGGAACAGAUGGAGGUAUAAUUUUAUAUUAUAUUUGUCAUAACUGUGAAUCUGAUGAUGAAUAAAUUUAAGGUUC